GUGGACAUGAGCAAAGUAAAUCUGGAGGUAAUCAAACCAUGGAUAACAAAACGAGUAACAGAAAUCCUUGGAUUUGAAGAUGAUGUAGUAAUUGAAUUUAUAUUCAACCAGUUGGAAGUGAAGGCCUGAACCAAAAUGGAAGUUAUUCCUUGCGUCUGAAGUAUAGCACCAUCACCUUAUUAGGUCACAGCAGAGUGAGUGUCCAAUGUCGCUCUGACCCAACUCCCUUGAUGAUGCAGUGUGUGUUUGGAGGUGAGUUGUGUAAAGUGGCCGAACCAAAAAAUCCAGGAAAGAGCAAUUGGGCAAGCUUUACACUGCUCUUGAAAUUACUGUAAAGUAGAUCAGGUUUUAUGUGAAGCAUGAGGGGAAUUCUGAAUUGAUCAGAUGGUAUUUUAAUGGCGAGUGCUUGAGUCAGUUUAGAGUCCAGAUCUAUAGCUAUGUUAAUUUUUGCUUUUGUUAAUUACUAUAGGCUAGCAUUUAUAUUUGCUGUAGUUAAUCUUCAGACUGAUACAGUAUGAGUAUUGAGAUCAUUUAGUACCAUAAACUUCAUGUGAAGGGUAUGAAAUAUGAGGUGGUAAUAAACUCAGUUUUUCUUAACAUCUGCCUCUGUGCCACUGCAACCCAAGGGACAGUAAAAGAUGCUUAUGAAUUAUUGGCAAAUCAUUCUCAUGCUGAUGUACUUUACACUUAAUCUUUCUUCCUAAGAGUUCAACCUUGUGUUUUGAGAGAACAGUUGACAUUUCAACUGAUAAAGGUAUUGCUGUUUAAGAAACCUUUAAAUUUGGCUAUAUUAGUAGCUCUUUCAUUAAUAUUUAGAUGUUUUAUGUAUAGAGAACAAAAAGGGGAAAUAAGUUUUAAGUACUAAGCUAAAUAAAGCUAGGGCUCAUGAUAGAAAAUGUUUUCUUAACAUGUGCUAGUGUAAUAAGCUCUGAAUUUUAAUUCCCCUUAUACUAAGCAUGAUUAAAGUUUAGAACUUUUUAAAAACAAUUUUUCUUUUUUUGUGGUUGUGUACUCAUUAUUGCUUGUUCGUCUUUUGCAAUUUAGAUAAAUGAUAUAACAUUAAACUCAAGGUGGUUGAGUUGCAGUAGGGAGUCGGAAGCAAGCCAAGGGAACAUCUUUCUCUACAGGGGACUUGGCGAUUCCAAAACCCCCAAGGUUCCAAGAAGAAACUGAAGACACCUGGAAUCUAAUCCAGAUUCCAAAAUGAUGCAAAUCAACCUGACUGGUUUUUUGAAUGGGAAAAAUGCUAGGGAGUUCAUGGGCGAACUGUGGCCACUACUAUUAAGUGCACAGGAAAACAUUGCUGGCAUUCCAACUGCGUUUCUGGAGCUGAAGAAAGAAGAAAUAAAACAGCGACAGAUAGAGCAAGAGAAACUGGCUUCUAUGAAGAAACAAGAUGAAGACAAGGAGAAGAGAGAUAAGGAAGACAAAGACAACAGAGAAAAAAGAGACAGAUCCAAGAGUCCAAGAAGACGCAAAUCAAGGUCUCCUUCCCCUCGAAGGCGGUCGUCGCCUCUCAGAAGGGAGCGGAAGCGCAGCCAUUCUCGCUCCCCUCACCACAGAACCAAGAGCCGUAGUGCUACUCCUGCACCAGAAAAAAAGGAGGUGACUCCUGAGCCAGAACCCUCUGUGAAACCAAAGGAGACUGUUGUUCAAGAGCCAACUUCAAACAGUGAUAUCCCAAAAGCUCCUAAACCUGAACCUCCUGCACCAGAGACUAAGGAAACUUCACCAGAACGUAAUUCAAAGAAGGAGAGAGAGAAGGAAAAAGAGAAGACUCGUCAAAGGUCCCCAACUCGGUCCAAGUCAAGGUCAAGAUCUCGAUCACGUUCUCCAUCUCAUUCUCGACCAAGAAGGCGUCAUAGAUCACGGUCAAGGUCUUACUCCCCUAGAAGGCGACCAAGCCCAAGACGACGGCCAUCUCCAAGGAGAAGGAGCCCUCCAAGGCGAAUGCCUCCCCCUCCCAGGCACAGAAGAAGCAGAUCCCCUGUGAGGCGGAGACGACGGUCAUCAGCAUCCUUAUCUGGCAGUAGCUCUUCCUCCUCCUCUUCACGUUCCCGAUCACCACCAAAGAAACUACCUAAAAGGACUGCAUCCAGUCCCCCUCGUAAAACACGUAGGUUCUCUCCUUCCGCAAGCCCUCCUCGGAGGAGGCACAGACCAUCCCCACCAGCAAGUCCACCUCCAAAACCACGUAGGUCUCCAACACCCCAGCAGUCAAAUCGUGCAAGGAAAAGCCGAGGUUCCGUUUCACCCAGCAGAGCAUCAGCACUCAAACGUAAGAGUACUGAAAAACGAGAGUCUCCUUCGCCAGCACCAAAAGCAAGGAAAACAGAACUGUCAGAAUCUGAAGAAGACAAAGGAGGUAAAAUGGCAGCAGCGGACUCUGUUCAACAGAGGCGUCAGUACAGAAGGCAGAACCAACAGUCUUCAUCUGAUUCUGGUUCUUCGUCUUCAUCUGAAGAGGAAAGACCUAAAAGAUCGAAUGUGAAGAAUGGGGAAGUUGGUAGGCGCCGACGCCAUUCCCAUUCACGCAGUCCAUCACCGUCUCCACGCAGGCGACCGAAGGAAUCCUCCCCUCGGAUGCAGAUGGAAAAGAGGUGGCAGUCACCAGUGAUGAAAAGCAGGAGGAGGAGAAGCCCUUCACCCCCGCCAGCACGGCGGCGACGCACCCCUUCCCCUGCCCCUCCACCCCGGCGCCGGCGCUCCCCUUCGCUGCCUCGUCGAAGGUCUCCAUCACCACCCCCACGCAGACGUUCACCUUCUCCACGGAGAUACUCUCCACCAAUACAGAGACGAUAUUCUCCUUCACCACCACCGAAGAGAAGAACAGCCUCUCCUCCUCCCCCACCUAAACGAAGGGCAUCCCCUUCUCCACAGUCCAAACGCAGAGUUUCCCAUUCACCACCACCAAAACAGAGGUGCUCACCAACUGCUAAAAGGCGUUCGCCUUCGCAAUCUUCCAAGCACCGGAAGGGAUCUCCUCCCAGUAGAUCCAAUCGGGAAACACGUUCUCCUCCACAAAACAAAAGGCAUUCACCUUCACCACGGCCUAGAGCUUCUCAUACCUCUGCAAGCCCACCACCACCGCGAAGGGGAGCUUCAGCUUCACCCCAGAGAAGACAGUCUCCAUCUCCAAGCACUAGACCCAUCAGGAGGGUUUCAAGAACGCCAGAACCUAAGAAGACAAAGGCUCCAACGCCAAGUCCACGAUCUGCAAGACGGGUGUCUUCAUCACGGUCUGCAUCAGGAUCACCUGAGCCAGCACCCAAAAAACAUCAAGGACCUCCAUCUCCCACUCAGUCUCGUUCUCCUUCUGCAAACUGGUCACCUGAAAAAAAGGCUAAAAGCCCAACUCAGAGCCCAUCACCUGCAAGGAAUUCAGAUCAAGACGGGGGUGGGAAAAAGAAGAAGAAAAAGAAGGAUAAGAAGCAUAAAAAGGAUAAAAAGCACAAGAAACACAAAAAACAUAAGAAGGAAAAGGCUGCAGUGGCUGCAGCAGCUGCUGCUGUGGCUGCAGCAGAUACCACCUCAGCACAGGACGACCAGGAAGCUGAGACAGAACCCAAAAAGGAAACAGAAAGCGAACCAGAAGACAACCUUGAUGAUCUAGAAAAACACCUGCGAGAGAAGGCACUGAGGUCGAUGAGGAAGGCGCAAGUGUCCCCACCAUCCUAGGCCGAAUCCUUUGAUAUAAUGUACAUUUUAUUUGGUUUGUACUCAGAAUUCAAUUUCAAAUUGCUAAAUGUGUUUGAGCUUUAGAAUAUAACAUUUGUUGUAAUAAUUGCUAGGUUGAGGUUCACCAUGUACAAAGGGCAUGGAUUUACAUUACAAGAGGUUUCCACAGUGUACUAGUGACAUUCUUUCAUUGGCAGUCAACAUAAUUUCAUUUAGAGUGAGACUUUUUAGAAGCAGUAGGAUUUUGUUUCGAAGGUUUUAAACAUGACCAUCGGUUCCCUUAGUUUCUUUGAAAUUCAACAAAGCCUUUAGUGAGGGUCUCAUUUGACUUCUUUUGUAUCCACUUAUGUUAUGCUACUAACCUCUGUGGUUUGUAAGCUUGCCCAGAAGUAAAACCACUGCAGAAUUACCAAGAAAGUACUGAUCUUUUAAUGCUCUCUACUGUUGCCUGUGUAGUCUCCAUGAAAACGUAUCAGGAGUAGCAACAUAGAAUGGUACAUAAAUGAAAGCAUGUUGUUUACCAGGACACUGUGGGUUUAUACUGAUGUUGAUUUGGAACACUGGAAUUUCAUUUGUAUUUUUAUGUUCUUUUUUUAAAGGGCAGUUUCCAUUAUCAGCAGUCCCAGAAAAAAUUCCUUCAGUUCCAUGAAUUUUGUUUGUGAGCUGUCAUUGCCCCACUCAUAAAUCUUGUCUCGUUACGGUUCUUCUCAAUGGUAUAAGCAACUUUCAGAGUGCUCUUUGAAAGGUUGAGGAACCCAAACUUUGGAUAUUGUCAUGUUUUCACUGUUUUUUGUUUUUGUUUUUUUAACUAAAGCUAUAUAAAGCUUGUGGAUUAAACAAAAUAAAUUUCUAAAUUUAAA